UGGAAUCACCAAUCGACAAUGAAAAUAUUGAUGAUGAUGAUGAUAAUUUAUUAUUAUUAUCGACAUCACCAAAUCCAAAAUUGGAUAUCUAUAAAUUAAUGAUGGAAUCAUUAUUAUUAUUUUCUGAUCUACCCAAAAACCAAGAAAAAUUCAGUAAAAGGAAACAAAAUUAUAAAAAACCAAAAUUACCCAAUCGUCAAGAUAAAGCCAAGACGGAAAGGGAAAGGAGACGAGAUGAAUUUAAUAAUCGAAUUAAUAAAAAUCGUAAUAUUAAAUCAAUUCUUAAAGAAAUUG